AUGUCAAGCAACUAUAAUAAAAUCGAUGAUUCCCAAGCAGAAAUUGUUGAAGAUAAUGUAAAUUUGACUGAAUCAGUAUCUUAUGAUGACGAGCAGUUGAGAUCUGACAAUAUAGACACGGAUAAAUCUGAUGCAACAUCGAAUUUCGUCAACGGAGCUGAUGUUAAGGAUUUGGACGAAAAAAUAGAUGUUGUGUAUAAUAGAAAAACGGAUGAUGUGAUAGAAAAUCAUGAAAAUUUAGAAGUAAAUGAAGAGUCUCAAGAUAAUAAUAUCGAUAAAAACAUAGCUAUUCGUGAUCAGUUUGAUAAUGUAAAUAAAACGCCUACAAAUGAAAAGAAAGGAAAAAACAAAUCACUAAGAACAGAUACGUGGCAAAAUGGAUCUUCAUACGGUGAAGAAUAUUAUUCAACCUCUACGAUGAAUUCAAAUCUUGGAGCAAAGUCUUCAGCUUUUAACAAAACUUUGAAAAAAGAAAAUAAAAUUUCUGCUGAAUAUAUCAAAACAGUGUUUCACGUACACUUACCUAACAAUAUUAAAGAAUUCGGCGUGCCAGCUGUUGUUGGUAAUAUCAAAGAGUUAGGAUUCUGGAAUAACCCAAUUGUCAAGCUUCGUCAAAUUUCCCGUCAACUACCCCCCGAUUGUGCUAAUACUUACUGGGUUUCUGAUCCCGUUCGAAUUUCUUUAAAAGAUAUCGAGUCUGUUCAAGAAAUCCGUUACAAAUAUGUGGUUGUUCCCGUACAAAAAAAUGCAAGAAAAUCCAAGGAACUCACAACUAUUAUCUCUGAAGGCUUAGAUGAUGAAACUGAACGUGUUCUUUUAUUGCAAAACAAUCAGUAUGAUAUAUGGAUGGAUGGUGAACCAUUCUAUAUUAGAACAGUUGAAGAUUAUUAUUUUUCUGAACUUAUAUUCAAUUCUUUAACUUCUGAAAAUCUUAAAGAGAAAAUUUCAGAAUUUCAAACCAUUUUCAUUGAUCAUUGGGAAAAGGCAAUCAAUGCAAUGUCAAUUGAAUUUUCUAAAAAAUGCUUGCAUAAGAAUAAAUCCAAAGAGCAUCGUCUUUUAGUGCUUGUCGUUUUGGGCUGUUAUAUUCACAAAUUUAAUAGACGUUCACGUUAUCGUAUUGAAUUACCGGAAGACUUUCCCACAAAUUUAUUACUUGAUGUAUUGGAACAUGUUCAAGAAAAUACUUUUCCAUCCGAUAUGCAUCAAAUUGUUAUGAAAUCUUUGGAAGCUUUAAUUCAUCAUAACGCUUCCAGAGGCCAAUUUGAGUGGAUUAAAAUAUUUCCCAUUGCUAGAUGGCUUGAUCCAGAAUUCAAAUUCGUAGAAUCUAUUAGGCUCAGAUUCAAUAAAUUCGAUGAUGAAUUCUAUUUCAUCACCAUUUUACAUAAAAAGUUAUUCGAUUACAUCAAUCAAAUCGAAGAUUUAGAAACUUAUGUUAGAGUUGGGAAGUGGAUGAUUUCAAUAUGUGAAACAAUGAAGUCACUUAUUUACCUUUGGAGACAUGUUAUUGAUCAUCAUGAUGAUGAUGUCAUCAUUUCUCUUCGCCCUAAAUUGUUAGAGAGAGUCCAAAAGAAUAUAGGAUCUAAAGAUAUUGUUCAAGUGCAUGAACUAUUCUUUGGACUUCCACAGGACUUUGCUGAAUUAGUGGCGGAGGCAUUUCGACUAAAAGUUAUUGUACAUUUGAAAAAUGGUUAUGAAUUACCAAAUUUUCCGUCAAAAUAUUCAAAAGCAAUAUUUCAAUUAUUAGAAAGUCCAAAACUUUUUUGGACAUCUGAUGAUUAUAUUAUUGUGCUAGACGCUUUUUCUCAAUUCACUGAUAUUGAAAUGUUGUCCUAUUUUUAUGAACUAUUAAAAACUUUUCAAGAUUGGUUUGGUGAUCCGAUAGAUGAAAAAGAAAAAAUUUUUAAAAUUUGUAAAAAAUGGUAUGAACGCCUUUUAAAUCGUUUAAAUGCUUUGUCUCAUGUUCAAAAGGAUACCAUCAUUGCAAUAUUUUAUCGUGCAUCACUUCUCUAUGAGAGAAUUGGAAAAUAUACAAUACUCUGGAAAAAAAUAAUGGAGCUCACUACUAAUAGUAUAAAACAGUUUCCUGAAAACCUUGUUUUCAAAGCUAUAUCAAAUAUUGAAAACUUUCAUCCGGAAGUUGUUAUGUAUUUUCGUCGUAUAGUUGAGGAAAUGUUGACUGCAUCUACACAACAUAUUGAUAGUCGAUUGAUGAUGAAAAUUGAACAAAUUUGUACUGUUUCAGGUGAUCAACUUACUAUUUCAAGCUUAUUAAGAGAAGACUUGAUUUGUCACAUUAUUGAUUGUUUGGGAACCAACCUCAUAUCUCAUGACGCGGAUUGGGAGGUGGCUCCAACAAGCUUUCAUCUGUCUCUUCUUAGUACUGCGAAUUUUUGGAAAAUGAUUUUGAGAGCUAAUGGUUAUGUGGAAAAGUUAAAUUCACUUCAUUGUAUUAUGAUGGUUAAAAAAGCGAUUUCUCAAUUGGGUCAUGAUAUAAUAAAUGAAUCGAUUGAUAUUGUUCUCUCACAAAAUAUUUGCAAAUACGAUGAUGACUUUUUAUUAGAAUAUUUUGAAUCUGCAUCAAUAUUUGAUAAAGAUGAUGUUGAAAUAUAUGUCACCAAAGGGAUCUUGAAAUCAGUUAAGGAACAAAUUAAUGAAUAUUUGCAAACGUUUGAGCAUCUUAAUGCUUUCUAUAUGCGAUAUAGCUUAAUUACUAAAGUCACAAAUGGUCAAGAUGGUAUUGAUGAAUUACGUGAACGAAAGGGAAUGUGGGAAUCAAUUUUACUUAAUGAAACCCGAGAUCCUGAAAUUUGGAAAGAUCAUGAUGAAGUUUUAGAUAUUGCAAAGAAAAUUUAUAAAUAUAAUAAAUCUCAAACAUUUUAUAAUGUUUUUGAAAGUGCUUUACAAGAAAUUUCGAAUGAAAUAAAUGUACAAACUCUUGCACAAGAUAUCAUGCCAAAAGUUUUUAUAUCUUACAUUAAAGAUUGUUCUAAAUUUCAAAAUUGGCAAUAUAUUCAAUUACCUUUCGCAUCAAUGUUUUGGAAAAAUGUUACAAAUAUCAAUGCUGAACUUGAAUUCAUGGCUGAAUUUAUUCCCAGAAAUCAUGAUCAAAAGUACAUGAUGACCCUUAUUCAGCUCUCUGAAGUUUUGAAAAUAAUACAAAAAUUACAUCAACUAUCAAUUGUGAUAGAAAUAUUUAAUAUACCUCGAAAUGAACAGGAUUGGCUCUCAGAAGCUCUUAAUGAUCUUGAAGAACAAUCAAUCCUUUUAGGACAAUUAAGUUCUGUAUUUGAUUCCAUUAAUAAUCAUUUUGAUGUCGUUGAUGAAAAUGCUUGGUCAUUAAUUAAAGAGCUUUCAACUGCUGAAGAAUUUAUCGGUUUUCUAAGAUCUAUUGCGGAACAUGAUCUUAAAAAUCUUAUAAAUGGUGUUGACGAUCAUUCUGACGAACGUUUGAUUCAAGAAGACACUGUUGCAUCUCUUAUUCAAGUUAAACAGUUCUUGUUUCCAUUAUUGAGUGCUGCAUCAACUUUGACUUUAGAUACGUUUUUACAAGAAUUGGCUAAGAUUAUCGAGUUGAAUCCAACACUUGCAAGUAAAGUUACAUUAUGUAAUAGCAACAAUAUGGCGUUACAAAAUAUGUAUUCAAACAUUAGUAACAGAGGAGAAGUGACUAAAGAAAAGAUUCGAAAUGCUGUUAAAAUUGGAACUUAUAAAUUUGAAUGGAAAUCAACAGAUAAGAAAUGUUCAGUAAAGUUAUCAUAUCAAAUUAAUCAAAUUACGAAAAGAACUGUCACAUAUAAUUUUAAUGAUUUACAAGAUUUACGUGGGCGAGCUCUUUUAAUAGCAAAGCCAGAUAUCACAAAUAUCACAAUUGGAGGUUCGAAUGAUGAGAAUAAAAAAGAUCAAACAAAGGAGAUAAUGGAUGAAUUUGUACAUCAAGUAGAUAUAGUUCAGGACAUCGUUAAUAAUAUCGCCGCGAAAUUAAUUGAGACUGGUCACUUUGGUUAUAGGGAAUUUCAAGAAUCAGUCAAAGGAUCUGAAAAUAUGACUCAAUUGGCUGACAAAUUAAAAUUAGAGCUUAGAAAAUGGGAAAAUUUAGUGAAUAAAGCGCAAGAAAGUCAUUACUAUCUAACAUUCUUUCCAGCGCGACAUAUCCUAGAAUUUUAUGAUUUUUUCACGAGUCGUUCACCCACCAAUACUAAAACAUGCCAAACUCUCGUUAGAUUUGUAAACCCGAAUGUCAAACUACAGACAAGAGAUAGAGCUAUAUCGAUUGUACGAAAAGAUUAUCUUCAGAUAUUGAAUGAAAUUGGAACUAAAUUACACCAAAUUUUUGGUGGUCUACCAAAAACUCCACGUUUACUAAAAACUUCAAUAGAACGCGUAGCAUCAGAUGUUGUAAUUCGUGGAAGAUUAUUUGUUGCUGCAUGUAAUGACAAGUCAAGAGUUCCAAACAUUAUAAUGUCGUUGUAUGCAAACCAUGGAACAUUUCCUGAAGCUUGGCAAGUCUUGAUUUGUACAUCCUCCACAACCUUGGAAGAACUUUCAAUAUUUAUCAAAAGAUGUUUUUUGGCUUUCAAAAAUAAAUACGAUAAUCAUUUAUUCUGUAUAGCAAAUUUGGAAUUACUUGACUUUGAAUUACAAUACAAUUUAGUGAAUAAAAUUAAAUUAAUGCGAGAAAAAGAACCUAAUUAUCUUCUAGCGUUAAUCUGCAAUUCUGAAGGUGGAAUGCAUCAUCACAUAUUAGAUCAAUUUUCUCAAGAUGUUCAAGCAACAAAUGGCUUGAGUUCCGGUGCAAUGUCAACUAUUUAUCAAAAAUUAUGUUCUAAUGUUACAUGUGUAUCAUCGGAUCUUUCAGGUCAAGGCAAAACGGAAUGGAUUAGACAAGAAUGCUUUACAAAUAAUAAACUUCCAAAGAGUUUUCUUAUUAGUGAUGGAGCUGAUUUUGGAAAGCUUGUUAGACAAUUAAAAGAGUUUACACUUAGACCAAUAGAAUACAUGCAUAUAAAUAUAAUUUCAUCUGAUUAUCCUGGUGAUGUCAAUUUGUUUCUUUUUGAACUUUUAAGUUUUGGAAUAGUAUCUAAUAAUGCUGAUAUAGCAAGUCUACUUCGCACAAUAUCUAUAUAUAUUGAGAUUGCAUCAAGUUUCCAACAGCAUUUACUAAGAUCACUUCCGAUGAUGGAUUAUUUGCCAAAGCAUCAUAUUACAUGGGAUAUUAAUAAUUUGAUAGUCACACGAGAUAUUAAUAGUCCCAUGCAAAUAGUAUGUCGUUAUUUAUUUGCACUUCAUAUGUAUCAGAUUAAUGAGAAAAAUAUUUCAUUUAAAGGCCCAGAUACAUCCGAUGAUACUAUCUGUGAUGCAUUAUGCCGGGAACUUAUAGAUCGAUUUUUUUUUAAAGACAAUAAUUCAGAAGAAAUAUUAUCAUUCCGAUUUUUAGAAAUUUUUAUUAAUGUCUUUGCUGAUCAAUUAGUUCGACUAUCUUCGAGCUCAUAUUUCAAAGUUGAAAAUAUAGCUUUGAUGCUUGAAGGAAAAACAAAUAUUAGAACGACAUUAGUAAAAACAUUAUUAGAAGUAUCAAAGGAUUUUGCUGUAAGGUCAAUUCAAACUAAAUCAGUACAAUUAGAAGCAACUUCAUUUGAUGGCAUAGAAAAUACGCAAUUAAAUACAAUUUUGAAAUGGGAUGAUUCAAAUCAUUUAUUAGUAUUCUUUUUAUCACAAACACCAGAUUCUAUUUGUGCUUUAUAUCGUGAUAAGAACAAAGUCCCUGAAAAUGUUCAACAAUUACUUAAAAGUCAAUUUAUUGCACAAGAUUUGGAAAAAUGGGAAUUGGAUGAUUAUACAAAAAUGUCAGCCGAUACUCUAUUGGAAAAAAUGGAAAGUAUUGCUAGAAAAACCUAUCAUAAGAUUGAGUAUACACCUUAUGCGUUGUCUGCAGAUAAUUUGGUGAAAAUGUCAUUAAUCCUAUUGAGAACACGUGCAAAUAUUCCGGUGGUAAUUUCUGGGGAGGCUGGAUGUGGAAAGACAAGUUUAAUUGGAUUCUUAGCCGAAGUUGUUGGAGCUCAAUUCUUUGCACUUAAUCUCCACGCUGGAAUUGAUGAACAAACUAUUGCUGAAUUCAUGACCGAAGCUCGAAAUAAUGCCAAAAAAGGCAUAGUUUGGAUAUUUUUUGAUGAAAUUAAUACUUGUAAUCACAUAGGUCUUCUUUCUGAUUUAAUAGCUCAUAGAAUUUAUCUUGGUCAUACAAUACACCAUAAUAUUCGAUUGUUUGCAGCAUGUAAUCCUUACAGAAUUCGAACCAAAAGUGUUAGUGAGGCGGGAUUACAAACUAAGCAAGUUAAAAAAUAUGAAGAACAAAGCAAUCUUGUGUACGAAGUCAAACCACUUCCCGAUCAAAUCCUUGAUUAUGUUUGGGAUUAUGGUAUCCUUCAACCCGAUGAUGAAAAAAAAUAUAUUCAAAUCAUGGUAGCUACACAAUUAAAGGAAUUAAAUCAUCCAGCUUUAGCUGACUUAUUAUCUGCUUCCCAAGAAUUUAUUCGAAGUGUAGAAGAAUCAUAUAGUGUCAGUCUACGUGAUAUAAAGCGUGCAAUAACUUUAAUUCAAUUCUUUUACGAGAGUUUACAAGAUCGACCUCCAAUUCGUAAAGAUGCACCUAAAUAUCCACCAGAUUCACGUGAUAACAUUCGUUCAUAUGUAUUAGCAUUAGGACUUUGUUAUCAAUCGAGGUUAUAUGAUCAAUCAUUACGUACAAAAUAUAGAGAGAUUAUGUGUAAAACAUUUGAAACUCACAAUGUUCAUAUAGAUGAAAAAGAAUUCAUGAAGAUUAUUAGAGAUGAACAGGAAGAUUACAUUAAUAGAAUGGUCUGUCCACCAAAUACUGCAAAAAAUGAGGCACUUUUAGAAAAUGUUUUGGUUAUGACCAUUUGCAUUCUAACUAGAAUACCUGUUUUUAUUAUUGGCGCACCUGGAUCUUCAAAAUCAUUAGCUAUUCGUCUUGUUGGUCAAAAUCUGCGUGGAUCUGAUUCAAACGAUGAAUACUUUAGGAAAUUACCACAGGUAUAUCUCAUUCCUCAUCAAGGUUCAUCAUCUUCAACAUCCGAAGGAAUUUUAAAGGUCUUUCAAAAAGCUCAAAAUUUUCAAGAAACAAGUUCGAAUGAAUUUCCUGUAAUCAGUGUAGUUCUAUUGGAUGAAGUAGGAUUGGCCGAGACAAGUCCAUUUAAUCCAUUGAAAGUACUUCAUUCACUAUUAGAACCAAGUUAUAAAUCUAGUCGUCCUUGCGUUUCUGUUAUUGGAAUAAGUAAUUGGAGAUUGGACAAUAGUAAAAGUAGUAGAGCUUUGUUAGUUCAAAGACCUAGGUUUGACUUGGAUGAUCUGGUAGAUACUGCAGUCCGAAUAUUAGACAACAAAACUUCUGGACAAAUUCAAAAAGCAUCUUUAUACCCACUCGCAAAAGCAUAUUCCAUUUAUGAGCAAGAAAAUCAAAUCAUUCCUAACUUUCAUGGCUUAAGAGAUUAUUAUGCUUUCAUUAAAUCUCUUUCUUUAAAUAAUAUAACACCUGAAAAUAUACAAAUGGCAUUAGCAAGAAACUUUGGCGGUACUAACAAAUUUUCCGAAAUAUGUCAAAAAUAUUUUGGUAACGCUAUAAGUGAAUUUAACAAUCAUAAAGGCUGGGUUUAUAAUCCUAUACCUACUGAACAAUUAAUAAAUAUGAAUUUGGAUGAUGAGGGUGCGAGACAUUUGAUGAUUAUUGGAAGAAGUGAUUCUGUAGUUAAUUUAUUAGCAUAUCAAUUAAGACAGAGAAAUUUAGACCCUGUUAUUAUUUUUGGAUCACAAUUUCCUAAUGAUCAAGAUGAUUAUUCCUAUAGCGUUCUAAAUAGAAUUAUGAUGUGUGUUGAAGCAGGAAAACCGUUAAUUUUGACAGAUUUAGAGAUUAUUUAUGGAAGUCUUUAUGAUUUGUGGAAUCAAAAUUAUAUUGUUGUCGGAAGUGCUGAAGAUCCAAAAUAUUAUACCAGAGUAGCACUUGGUGCUUAUGCUAAUCCAAUGCUGUAUGUCAACAAGAAUUUUAGAUGUAUUCUUGUACUUGACGAAAAGAACUUACCAAAAGCGGAUCCACCACUCUUGAAUCGUUUUGAAAAACAAAAGAUGACAAUAAAUGACAUUCUUUCAUCUGAAGAGCUUUCAUUAGUACAACAAUUAUCAACUUGGGCACAGCACAUGGCAACCACUAUAACAUUGAAUGGAUUUGUUCCAACACAUAAAAAAUUUACUCAAAAAGAUUUGUUCAUUGGAUUUGACCAAGACGAAACUUUACAAAGUUUAGUAAUAGAUGUUAGAAAAAAUAAUCCACAACUUCAAUUGGAUGAAACACUCGCAAGGUGCAAGGAAGCACUAAUUGCCAUUGCUUCCUCGGAUGGAAUUAUAAGAGCCGAAAAAAGUGCACUGGAUCGUGAUGAAGUUGAUUAUUGGAAGAAUUUUUAUUUCCAAUUACAUCAUAAUGAUAUUGCUGAUUAUUUUAAACAUUUAUUUGAUCAAAAUUUGGAAGCCGAUGGACAUCAAGUGAUAAUCAACACAUUUUCAAAUAUUAAUGCAGACGUUAAAGAAUGUUUAAAAGAUAUCACCACAUGUACUGUGUUAAAACUUUCAACAUUCAAAACAGAAGCUCAAUUUCAAAAUAGGGUUAAGCAUUUUUGGUUUGAAUCGCCAAAUAUUCAGACAUUGAUUCUGCAGUGUGACGUCUUAACUGUUAAUUUUGGAUGUAUUAAAUUAGCCAAAUUUAUAAUUGAGCAAUUUAGGAUCGACUACUUGAAUAAGAAGCAACAACAAAACGCUCAUGAUGCAAUUACUAAGAAUGUUUGUAUAGUUCUUCAUAUUCAUCGAGAUCACAAAACCUCUUUGGAAUCAUUUAAUUUUACGUGUGGAUGGAAACAAGUUACUAUUGAAUCCUUGAUUCCUCAAGAAAAAUCUUUGUCCAGUCUUUUGCAGGGAGAUUUAUGUGAUGUUAUCAAUGCUGUAUACUCUUUUGAGGAAAUAUUGCAACAAGAAUUAUUAUGGUCCUUGUUGUGUAUAAAAUAUCCAUCAAAUGCUAAUUCUGUUAAUCACAUCAAGACACUUAUUAUCGAGAUUCCUCAUCAACCAGAUUUGGUAAAUUUCCUAAAAACUAGAACAUUUGGAUGGCUUCAAGAUAACUCACCCAAGGAUUGGCAGUAUCAUGUUGCAUCCGACAAAAAACUAUUGUAUCCCUAUUCUUCAUUUUCGGCAGCUUUACAAUCCCACAUACGUGCGUUGGUUCGAAUACCUAUUGCUAAGUUUCUUUGUUGUCUUGAGCGAUUAUUUGUAAUCAGAACUUUGUUAACCCUAAAAAGUUCCACAUCUAAAUGUUCUAAAUUAUUACUUGAGUUUUGGAGACAAAUGGCUAAUGACAGAGGUCUUUUAAAUAUUAAUGAACUAUCAGAGCCGAAGCCAGAUGGAUAUUUAAUGCCAAAUAUUUUCUUUGAUCUUCAAUUUCCGUUUUCUUAUCAUUUUGUUAACCAAAUUGAUGCAUUCAAAAAACUUUAUAAAGAAGAGGUCCGUUUACUUCAAGAAAACCCUACUAAUAUUGAUCCCGACACAGGAAAACUUUUUGAUUAUAUUUUUGAAGAUUAUAUAGUUGGAUUGAAAAAUAAUAUUAUGACCUCAAUUCCUAAUUUCAAUACAUCUCCACUUGAACAUGCUCCAGAAUUAUUUUUCGAAGAUUUUAUCACUAUUAUUUCUGCCGGCAGAUCAAGUAAAAAAGACAUUCCGAUUUUAUUAUUUAUUUUCAAAUACAACCUUGGAUCUGAAAAAGUAUUGGACCCUGUUUUAGCUCAUGCAUUCUGGUGGGAACAUUCCGAUCAUAUUAUGGCCGAAUUUCAGCUGGCCAAAUUAUGUCCUUCGAUUAUUAAUGAAACAAUAUUAGAGAGUGGGAAGACAACAAAUAUGCCAUUUGGAUAUUAUCUCAUCGAAGAAAUUACAAAGAUAAUGUUCCGAAAAUUAAAUGACAUCAAAUCUGGAACAUCAGCCAUUAAUCAAUUUCAAUGUUGGCAACGGGAGGUCUCCAAAAUUUUAUCUCUUAGUGAAAAACUCUCAGAAGCUUCAACAUUUUCAUCAUUACAUUUACUACAAGUAUGUUAUAAUUUUGUGUCAGCAGAUCCAAUCUCGAUAUCAAAUAUGAAAGAAAUAAUGAAAGCUGGAAAAGGAUCAAAGGAUGAUUUAUUUAAUCAAAAAUUCAUCGAAACCGUUUUUUCGAUAAUGAAAAAACUUCCAAAUAAUAAUGAAAAUUCUAUUCCAAAGCUAUUCUUUAUUAACAAAUGUCUUGACAUGGUUUCUAAGAAUUCACCUUCUCAUAAAGAUCUUUAUCAGAAUCUGUUUUCACAAAAACCGUUUCCUUUUAUGAGCCCAACAAUAAUUCGUAUAUUUAAAUGUGAAGAAACAAAAGGAUCAUUUAUAUCGCUUAUUAAAAAUCCAGAUCAAAUUUUCACACUCUCUUCAAGAUUAAACCUUAUUAAUGAAUGUUUAAAAGUACAAGAACUUGAUUCAGCAAUGUCAACUUUAUGUUGUGAUAUUAUUCAAAAAACGUUCUUUGCAAAGUUAUCCUUUCCAGAAUUAGCAAAAAACUUUAAAUAUGUUGUUGAGGUACUUAGUGAUACUAAAGCUGUAGCCUUACAAACUAUUUGUGCUAUAGCAUUUCUCAAAGAAUUCGUAAAACAAUUCUGGGAUCAUUCAAUUCAGGAAGACAUAACGCAACCUAUCAAGUUUGAUGUUACAAAAAUCGGUGACCUUGACACAAAUGCAUUAAUCCAAGAAGUAAAUACUUCAAUGAAUUUAACUGAUUCAUUAAUUUAUUCUUUCAAAAUAUAUUUCUUAAGAGAAUUGCGUGAUAAUGGUUUGUCUAUGAAUGAGGUUCGAACGUUUUGUGAAGCACAACAACAAAUAUUACCAUGGCUUGGCGACUUAUCCUGGGAUUCAAAAAACGAAACAAGACUUCCAUUUAAUCCGUAUUGGUGCCUUAAAGAUUACGUUAUCGUUGAAAAGAGUUUUACAACUUUUCAUAAUCUUAACGACAAAGCAUCAUUUAAUUCCUUUUUUACAUCAUUAAAAAAGAAAGAAUCAACUGAUAAAUCUUUAAUAGCUUUGAUGGGUUUUAUUAUUAGCCGACUUCAUGUUAUAAGGGCUUCUCGUGAUUGGACAGAUGAAGAAGGAAAGGUUGCUGAAUUUUUAAAGGGAAAAGUUGAUCAAUCAAGUACGCCGUCAACCAUAUAUAAGCAAACUAUCAAAAGCAUAAUAUCAAAUAACCAUCCAUUGCUUGGAGUAAAUCCAACUGUUACAAAUUCUGAAUUACUUGUAAAGUCUGUCGUUGGCCAUGUUAUUGCAUUACAUGCAUCAAUUCCAGCAGAAUCUAAUCCCUUAUCAUAUAUGUUACAUAACUUGAAUAAUUGCUCUGACUUAUUCAUUCUUACUUGUGUGUCUGAUAUCGAAGCACUUAUAAUCUCGGCUGUAAUUCAAGGUGGGCAAGUAACUCGAUAUUCUUGUGAAUGUGGAUAUAAAUAUGUUAUAGCAGAUUGCGGUCGGGCAUAUAGCGUUGGCACUUGUCCUGAAUGCAAAAAAACAAUUGGAGGGAUUAACCACGUUUCGGCACCAGGACAAAAAAAAUUGGAUACAAAUCCAAUAACUAAUACUAUAACUGCAAGAGAUAAACCUGGGUACAUUAUGGAAUCUGAAAGUCCAUCAAUGUUACAUUCUCUUCGUUCUCUGACCCCAGUUUCUUACAGAAUUUUGCAUUUGUUUGUUCAUGCAAUAAUUGGAGCUUGGGCACAUACACAAAUUGGAAAGUCUUUCUUAAACAAUAAUAAUCGGGAGAAUGCUGAUGCUUCAGCUUAUUGUAUGGGUCACAUUACAAACGAUUGGAAUGUAUUACUAAGAAUCUUGAAUACAUCACAUGAAAAUUUGGCAUUAUUAUUGCAUUCAAUUCUCAACUUAAUGACAAAUACACCCCCUAAAAAUUCACCAUUAAGGAAAGCAGCAGAGCGCAAAGAAUGGGAAUUAUAUUUUAGCGAAAAUUAUAUAUCUCCACUUGCAAAAUCAAUUACAACAGCAGCAAAUAAUUUCCAGAAUCAAAUUGAUACAGCUGCAACAAACUCAAAAGAUAGUGUUAACAGAAUUGAAGGCGAGAUCAAUCAGACCUUACAAAUGGAUAAACAACAUAACCUGGAAUACCUCCCAAAAUUGUGGCGCAUAAUUUGUGAUAUUAACUUUGAAAGUUUCCGUGCAUUCUAUUUUGCUGAUCUAACUAAACAUUCAAAAAGUUUUCCGUUACUUUCUAUAUUCUAUAAACAUAAGCAAAAUUUAGAACUAAUUAAAUACCUUUUACCAAUUGUAAAAUUUGUACGAAUUUUAUCGACAACACUUGAAUACCGAUUAAGCAGAGAACAAGCACAACAACAGACAUUCCGAGAAUUUAUCGAUAACGAAUCAUCUGAUGAUGAAAAAGAUGAAGUACAUGAUUAUUUGAGUUCAAUAUUCGAAGACUUUGCGAAAGCUUGGAACAUAGUUAUUGACAAAGUUAAAUAUUAUCAAUGUCAUGAACUUCCAGGAACGAAACCUCAAAUAAACCUUAGUUCUCCUAUUGUAUUUGGAUUGGUGGAACCAAAAGACACUGGCGUUUAUCUUUGCGCGAUUUUAGAGUAUUUAGUUGGAUUACAAAAUAAUUUCUUGCAAGAGGUUGCAGAAAUUAGUCCUGGAACUUGUUACUCUCUUAAAUUUUUAGAAGAUAGUUCGUUUAGUAAUGAAAAUAAAGCAGCAUCUUCUUCAACAAGCAGAAAUUCCAUCACCAGAUAUUACUUUCAAUCGAUGCGAAUAGAUCAAAUGCAGACAACUAACUUUAUUGAUUUCCAAUGGAGCGAUGAAUUACUUCAACAUAGUCAAAGAAAUCUUGAGAUUGGUAAUGGGCGUGACAUUACAUAUAAUUUACGAAAGAUUGAAACUGAACUUGCACAAUUAUUGGUCUUCGAUAAAGUUUAUAUUAGUACUGCUGAUUCACAAUUGUACAUGGAACCUUUUCCUUACCACAUGGAAUUAUUCCAAGGACAUAUGAGAAUUAUUAGUGAUAUCAAAGAUCUAAUUCCACAACAGCCAAUUUCCACGGAGAAAAUUGGACUUAUUCUUGGAUCAGCAUUUUCCCAAAUGUCUUCAUUUGGAUAUCAGGAAUCUUUAUCAUAUGACAAUGCAUCAGAUCUUCUUUCGCAUUUAGAAAUUUUACUUUGUUUUGUUAAAAGAACUUCGGUUGGUGAUGGGGAAAUUUUGAUAGAGGAAUACGUUAAUCAAUGGAUAAAACUUUCCAAUUUAUUUACUAAUGAAUCGUUUAAUAAUUUAUUGAAAAUUGGCUUGAAAUUAUGUCAUUUAGUAUCAUUAUAUGAAGUAGUUGAAGAGCAAGUAGCGAAUGGAGUGAUCAAAUAUAUAGAUGACAAAUACAGAUCACCAUUAACAUCUGAAUUAGAACAAGAGAUUAUUUCAUCGUUAAAUUUUGAACUUCGCCAACGUCAAUUUUUUGAACCUGAAAUGACAAAAAUUCCUGCAGAAGAUUUUGUGUCAGCAUUAAAAAGAUUUAUGUUAAGGUUUUUAUCAGUGGAUUCAAAUAAAGAAAAUGAACCAUUAUCAUUAUAUUUUGGAGAUCCAACAUUGAACUUGUGGGCCUCUUGGAUAAGUGAAGAAGUGGUUGACAAUUGUUUUCCGGAAAAUUUAUUGGUUAAACAUAUCUUUGAAGCUUUUAUGCUUGUUUCUGGUAGAAUUGAGACGAUCAAAAAACAAAUGCCUUCCGUAACAAAAACGGUGGCAGUUAAUAGCCCGCCAAUAACAAAAGUUGUAACUAGUAAGAAGGCACCUAAACCAAAUUCAAAAUCUCCUAGUACUUUAUUUGCAACUAGAAAGUCAAAAUCUAAAACUUCAAGCUCUAAUGAAACAAAAAAUUUAGAAGCAACAACUUCAAAACCACAAUCAACGAAAACUUUUACUUCUCAAAUGCAAAAGAAAAAUAUUGUAAAAAAAGAAUAG